UCUUUUGGAUAUUUUCUAAUUGAAUUAGUUUUAUUGUGUAUCAGUUUACGUUUUUAUGAAUUGAUGUUUUGGUUUGUUGAAUUAUUUGAAUUGAGUAAGGACACCAAAAACACAGAGACCAGGAUAUCUGGAGCAUGCGCUGUGAACGAGGUAGGAUAUCAACCAAUCAAAUCAUGGCGAAUCUCAGUUAUCUACACAGACGCCAUUUAGCUGGAUAUUAGUAGGACCCGAGAAUAUUUGCUGUUGACUCUUCACACCGUGAGACGGUCGGGGCACUACCUGCACUCUGCGACCCUCUGGACCUCCAUCAGCAUGCGUCAGACCGCCUCCCCCCUGGGGUCGUCCCCCCUCUGGUCAGUGGUCAUCCUGCUGGUGCUGACCCCCGCCUUGGCCAUGGCCCAACUCACGCCCAGCCAGGCCAGAAGCUUCAAGCACCUGGCCGGCGACAUAGACCAGUUCGUCCACCAUAUUCUGGCAUGCCACCAGUCCCCGGCCUUGACCUUGGCCGUGGUCAAGGACGGCCACGUCGUGCUCACCAAAGGCUAUGGUAACACCAGCACCAACAAAUCUAGGCCAACUACAGCCAAAACGAGGUUCGCGAUUGCGUCAUUGACCAAGGCCUUUACAGCCACCCUCAUCGCUAGGUGGGUGCACUCUCAGAAGAAUAUCACUAUGGAUUCACCAAUCAAAUCGUUCUACCCAGAGUUCCGAGUGAUAGAUGACCUGCGCAGUGAGACAGCCACCUUUCGAGAUCUACUGGCCCAUAGGAUGGGGGUCCCGUCCUACUUCAAGCCACUAGUCAUGGGCUACCCCAGCGACAUGACGCGUGAUAUGCUGGCUCAGCGACUGGCCCACAUGCCCACAGACCUCCAGUUCCGCCACAAGCUGGUCUACAACAACUACAUGUACACCCUCGCCGCCCACGUGCUCGAGAAGAUGUCAGCUGACCGGAAGUGGGAGGAGCUGCUGAGGGAGGCUAUCCUACGACCUCUGGAGAUGAGUGGCACCGGGUACCUGGAGGACGUCAACAAUUUCUCGGACUUUGCCCUGCCCUGCGACCUGGUCAAUGGAACCAUGGUCGACCUCUCGCCGGAACUCUUUAAAACGGUGUCGCCGUGUGGACCUGCCGGCUCAGUGUACUCUAACGCCGAAGACAUGGCCAAGUGGAUGACCUUCCUGCUGUCCGGUGGCCUUGGACCCCGGGGAACGCGGGUCGUCGACCCUGAGGUCAUCAGACUGACCUUUGAGCCGGUGAUGAUCUCGACCCUGCCCUUCCAGGAACUGAACAAGCCCCACUGCCCCGUGGGUCAUGUGACCUUGAGCUAUGACAUGGGCUGGGUCACGGCCAACUACAGAGGUUACAGGCAGGUGUACCACACAGGUGGAAUAGUGACCCACUCGUCCAGACUCUGGCUCUACCCUGACAUGAAGGCUGGCAUCUACAUCAGUGUCAAUGGCCCGCAGGAGAAGAACGACAAGAAGAAUCUCUUGGAGUCACUGAUGUACUACGCCUCCGACCUACUUCUGAACGAGCCGGCAUGGUUGAACCGGUCACUGGCCUGCCCGGACCUGUCCUCUCGCCAGCAGACGACCUCCUCUGACAGCCAACCCCGCCCCACCCACCCCGCCGACCCGGCGCCCACAAACCGCACCCCCCACGAGAGCUACAACUUGACGGCAGGCCGCGACAACCUACAGGACUUUGUGGGGGAGUUCUGGCACCAAUGUUUCGGCCUCAUCGAGAUUCUCCUCAGCCAAUCAAACGACAGCCUCGUCUUCAAAUUCGGCCGUUUCGGUUGGAUGAAUUUAAAGCGCGUCUCUGACCUUGAGUUUCAAGGUCUCUACUACGGCCCCCUGAGCUUCUUGAACUCUCACGAGACUGAGCUGAUCUCGUUCGCCAGGAACUCUCGCGGGACUGUGGACGUGGUUAUGGUCGACCUUGACGACGACAAACUGAUCGCGUUCAGGCGACGUCAUGCCAACACUGACGGCACUGGGGAGAGAACAUUCGAGAACAGUAGCGGACGGCUACACCUGGCCCCGCCCACCAGGCUACACGUAGCCCUACAAACAUGGACCCUUCUAGUUUUCCUUAUAUCUUGUUAUGUCUAGAUCUCGUCGCGUCGAACUGGUUUUAAAUUAUUUUUAUAUUGGUGCUUUCCUACAUGCUCCUGGUGUAUUUGUCUUCAA